ACAAUCAACAACAAGCGAAAGCAAAGAAAAACUUCAAGUGAAGAAGAAAUUCUGAAACUAAACAAAAACAAAUCAAAGUAAUCAAAGAGAAAAAAGUAAAAAUUUGUGAAAAAGUAAAUUUUCAAGUGAAAAGUCAAAAAAAAAAAAAUUCAAGAAAUAAAAAUGCCUGCAAUUGGAAUUGAUUUGGGAACAACUUACAGCUGCGUCGGAGUGUGGCAGCAUGGCAAAGUUGAGAUUAUCGCCAACGACCAAGGCAAUCGCACAACUCCCUCGUAUGUCGCCUUCACAGACACAGAACGCUUGAUUGGCGACGCUGCGAAGAACCAAGUUGCCAUGAAUCCCAAAAACACAGUUUUCGACGCCAAACGUCUCAUCGGGCGCAAAUACGACGAUCCCAAAAUCCAGGAAGACAUCAAACACUGGCCCUUUGCCGUCGUGCAAGAAAAUGGAAAACCCAAAAUCUCGAUCGAAUUCAAGGGAGAACGCAAACGCUUCGCUCCCGAGGAGAUUUCGUCGAUGGUCCUGACGAAAAUGAAGGAAACUGCCGAAGCAUUCUUGGGACAACAAGUAACUGAUGCCGUUAUCACGGUGCCCGCCUACUUCAACGACAGCCAACGUCAAGCGACGAAAGAUGCAGGAGCCAUUGCCGGACUGAAUGUCAAACGAAUCAUCAAUGAGCCCACAGCAGCAGCUCUCGCCUACGGCCUCGACAAGAACUUGAAGGGCGAGAAGAACAUUUUGGUCUUCGAUUUGGGCGGCGGCACCUUCGACGUCAGCAUUCUCACGAUCGACGAAGGAAGUUUGUUCGAAGUACGCAGCACGGCAGGCGACACACAUUUGGGCGGCGAAGACUUCGAUAAUCGUCUCGUGGAUCAUUUGUGUCAGGAAUUCCAACGCAAAUACAAGAAAGACGUCAAAUCCAAUCCGAGAGCCCUUCGUCGUCUCAGAACUGCCUGCGAACGCGCCAAGAGAACUCUCUCAUCGAGCACGGAAGCCAGCAUCGAAGUCGACUCGUUGAUCGACGGCAUCGAUUUCUACACAAAAGUCUCUCGUGCUCGUUUCGAGGAACUUUGCGCCGAUCUCUUCCGCGGAACAUUGGAGCCAGUCGAGAAGGCAUUGCGCGACGCCAAAAUGGACAAAUCCAGUAUUCACGACAUUGUGCUUGUCGGCGGCAGUACUCGCAUUCCAAAAGUGCAGAAAUUGUUGCAAGACUUCUUCAACGGAAAAUCCCUCAAUUUGUCCAUCAAUCCCGACGAAGCUGUUGCCUACGGAGCUGCAGUUCAAGCUGCCAUUCUCUCGGGCGAACAAGACUCCAAAAUUCAAGACGUGUUGCUCGUCGAUGUGGCUCCCUUGUCUCUCGGCAUCGAAACUGCUGGCGGCGUCAUGACGAAACUCAUCGAACGCAAUUCUCGCAUUCCGUGCAAACAAACGAAAACCUUCUCAACUUACUCCGACAAUCAACCCGGUGUCUCGAUCCAAGUGUUUGAGGGCGAACGCGCCAUGACUCGCGACAACAACAUGCUGGGACAAUUCGAUCUCUCGGGCAUUCCGCCAGCACCUCGAGGCGUGCCCCAGAUUGAAGUCACAUUCGAUUUGGAUGCCAACGGAAUCCUCAAUGUCAGCGCGAAGGAGAUGAGCACCGGAAAUGCCAAAAAUAUUCAGAUCAAGAACGACAAAGGACGCUUGUCGCAAGCCGAAAUCGAUCGAAUGUUGGCGGAAGCGGAACGUUACAAGGACGAGGACGACAAACAACGCGAAAAAGUCGCAGCGCGAAACCAACUCGAGGGAUAUUGCUUCAGUUUGAAACAAGCUGUCGAACAGGCAGGCGACAAAUUGACGGAUCAGGAGAAACAAACCGUCAAGGAUCGCUGCGAGGAGACAAUUCGCUGGUUGGAUGCCAACACUUUGGCCGACAAGGAGGAGUUUGAGCACAAAAUGAAGGAACUCCAACAAGUUUGCUCGCCAAUCAUGACGAAAAUGCACGGCGGAGGCCCUCAAGCGAGUUGCGGACAACAAGCUGGCGGCUUCGGAGGCAGAUCCGGACCCACAGUUGAAGAAGUAGACUAAGCAUUUGUUCCCCAUAAGUUCCUUUGUAAAUAAUUUGUGAUCUCUUGUUAAAUUUCUUAAAUUAAAUUAGAAUUAGAAUUAAUUUAUUUUUUGUACUUAAGAAAAAUUAGCGAUAAAUUACAAAUAAAAUG